AUGACAUCUCCAAAGUUUGUUUUCUACCUGACAUGUUUAUUCUUGGUGAAGAAGGCUCCGCUGGUUGAACUGAAAUUGUCUUCGUCUCAGCAUCAAGCAACUGUUUUUUUAUCAGUUAAAGCAGGAGAAAAGUUGACUUUACAAUGUUCUUAUGACGUUGACAUUCCAGCAAGGAUUUACUGGUACAAACAAGUUCUGGGACAGAAACCAAGGUGCAUCUCUGCCUUCAGUGUGUUUAAUAAAAAUCACUCUUUUUAUGAUGAGUUCAAGAACGAUAAGCGCUUCACACUGCAAACUGGCAAUGGUAAAUACCACUUGAAUAUCUUAGAUUUACACAUUUCAGACUCAGCCACUUACUUCUGUGUGAGUAGUAAAUCACACAAAUUUGAAUUUGCAGAGGGCACUACUGUCAGUGUAAAGGGUUCAGGUUUGAACGUCCCAGUUUUGGUCCAUCAGUCAGCAUCUGAGCCCAUCCAGCCAGGAGGCUCUGUGACUCUGAACUGUACAGUACACACUGGGACCUGUGAUGGAGAACACAGUGUUUACUGGUUCAAAAACUAUGAAGAAUCUCAUCCAGGACUCAUUUACACCCAUGGAGGCAGGAACGAUCAGUGUGAGAGGAAUUCCAGCACACAAACACACACCUGUGUCUACAACUUGCCACUUGAGAGCCUGAAUCUUUCUCAGGCUGGGACCUACUACUGUGCUGUUGCCUCAUGUGGACGCAUACUGUUUGGAAACGGGACCAAGCUGGACAUUGAGCAUGAGGUGGACUAUCUUGCCUCGGUGUAUUUCUUGAGUGGAGUUUUGGCAUUCAUAGCCGUCCAGUUGAUUUUACUGGCAGUCUUAGUGUACAAAAUGAACAGAAGAGAGAUGAACAGUUUCCAAUCUGCAGAGUUUCAAGCAAGAUUUUCACCUCCCUCCACAACUGAAGAUGAGAGUUACAGAGAAGCCGACAACCUCCAUUAUGCAGCUAUCAGUGUUAACCUGCCCAAGAGAUCAAGAAGACAGACAAACAACACCAAGGAUGAAUGUGUGUACUCCACUGUCAAGAAGUAG